AUGUGGACGAAGGGGAAGAAGAGCGCGUUUUUGGCACCGAGGGGCAGGAAGCGGGAGUUCCCUAUACGUGCCGUGGACUACGAGCUGCUCGAGCCCAUCGGCGACGGCGCCACCGCUGUCGUGCGCCGCGCGCGCUGCCUGCCGCUGGGCGGCGAGGUCGUCGCCGUCAAGAUUAUGAAUAUGGCGCACCGCACCGAGUCCGACGUGAACAAUGCUUCGGAGGAAGUGAAGACCAUGAUUAUGAUUGACCACCCAAACCUUCUUAGCGCAUACUGCUCGUUUACAGAAGGCGAAGCCUUGUGGAUCGUAAUGCCCUACAUGGCUGGAGGUUCGUGCUACCACUUGAUGAAGUCUUCGUACCCCAAAGGAUUCGACGACGAGAACUUCAUAGCGUUUGUGCUACGCGAAACCCUGAAAGGUUUAGAAUACCUUCACGAGAAUGGUCACAUACAUCGGGAUGUAAAGGCUGGAAACAUACUGCUUGAUCAAGAUAAAGGAGUCAAACUAUCGGAUUUUGGAGUUACCGCCAGCCUUUAUGAUUCAAUAAUCAAUAGACAUGGCAAAAGAAAGACGCUUGUUGGGACGCCUUGUUGGAUGGCCCCUGAAGUUAUGGAGCAAAAGGAUUACGAUUUCAAGGCAGAUAUUUGGUCGUUUGGAAUUACUGCACUUGAGCUUGCUAUUGGCCAUGCACCAUUUUCUAGCCAACCUCCAGCAAAGGUUUUUCUCAUGACGUUGCAACAUGCCCCUCCAUCACUUCAUAACACAAAGGAGAAGAAGUUUACAGACUCUUUUAAGAGUAUGAUUGCCACUUGUCUCAUUAAAGAUCCAACAAAGAGGCCACCUGCAAAAAAGCUAUUAAAGCACCCAUUUUUCAAAAGAGCAAGGUCGGACCAUAAUGCCGUGAAAUGUAUGCUAAAUAAAUUGCCAUCAUUGGCUGAGCGGAUGCAAUUUAUAAAGGAAAAUGAAGCGAAGUUGCAAGCAGAUAAAAAACCUCUUGAUAACUGCAAAGAGAAAGCAUCACAGGAAGAGUAUAGAAGAGGUGUGAGUGAGUGGAAUUUUGAUAUUUCAGACUUAAAAGCACAAGCGGCAUUGUACCCCGAUGAGAAUGAAGCAGAAGACUUUUUACGUUUUCUAUUUGAACUUGACAUUGUUGAUGAAACUACCCAGUUAAAAGAUAUUAGAGCACAAAGUCACUCUAUAAAUGAUGAUAGAAUGAAUGUUGGUGAUGAUGGCUCAGGAAAAUCAAAUUCAACAAGUCCAAUGUCUUUAUCUCAAAGUGUGAAGCAGCUUGAUAAAGGAAGUCCUAAUGGCCUUGUGCGCAAUGAGUCAUUUGAAAUUCAUUCCAUAUCACCUGCUAAGCAACCGACAAGAGCAGUUUCUACUUGCAAGGAUGUUGAUGAAUAUUUAGAGAAAACGGCUUUUCAGAAGGGUCGUUUUAAGGUGAUACAUGAUUAUAGCAAGAUUGAAGGAGCAACGCCGAGAGAGAAGGAGUUAUUAGAACGUAUCAGUAGUUUAGAGCAAAUGCUUCUUGCUACCCAAGAUGAAGUUGAGAGGCUUAAAGCAAAGGGGUCAAAAGGAGCAGAGGGAUGUCUACAACAACAAUAG